UCAUGGCGAUGUCAGCCGCAUUCGCUUUUUGUUAUCGAGGUCUGUAGAAUGCUGCAAUGUGUUAGCCGGCCGGCCCAGUUGACGAGAAUCCCACGCAUUUUAAGCUCCUGUCGACAUUUCACCCACGGUUUUAGCUCUUUGUCGUCCCAGGCCCUCAGCAUGACAGACCCGGCCGUGAAGAGGGUUGCGAGCGAAAUCAUCAAAUCGCCAGAGGACAAGCGGGUCUACAGGGGCCUUGAGUUUACGAAUGGCCUGAAAGCUGUGCUCAUCAGCGAUCCCACCACAGACAAGUCCUCUGCAGCACUCGAUGUCCACAUAGGUUCCCUGUCGGACCCCUCCAACAUUUCUGGCCUGGCUCACUUCUGUGAGCACAUGCUCUUCCUGGGCACUAAGAAGUACCCCAAGGAGAAUGAGUAUAGCCAGUUCCUCAGCGAGCAUGCAGGCAGCUCCAAUGCCUUCACCAGCGGAGAACACACCAACUACUACUUUGAUGUAUCUCAUGAACACCUAGAGGGGGCGCUAGACAGGUUUGCACAGUUCUUCCUGUGCCCUCUGUUCGACGAGAGCUGCAAGGACCGGGAGGUGAACGCCGUGGACUCCGAGCAUGAGAAGAACCUGAUGAACGAUGCCUGGAGGCUCUUCCAGCUGGAGAAAGCCACGGGGAACCCCAGUCACCCCUUCAGCAAGUUCGGAACUGGGAACAAGCUGACCCUGGAGACAAGACCCUCUAAAGAUGGAAUCGAUGUCCGCCAGGAGCUGUUGAAAUUCCACUCCACCUACUACUCCUCCAACCUCAUGGGGCUAUGUGUGCUAGGCAGAGAAUCUCUGGAUGAUCUCACAUCCAUGGUAGUCAAGCUGUUUGCAGAGGUGGAGAAUAAGUCUGUGCCUAUCCCAGAGUUCCCUGAGCACCCCUUCCAACAGGAGCACCUUAGGCAAUUUUAUAAAGUUGUCCCCAUAAAGGAUAUUAGGAACCUUUACGUCACUUUCCCCAUCCCUGACUUGCAAAAGUAUUACAAGUCCAACCCUGGCCACUACCUUGGUCACCUCAUCGGCCAUGAAGGUCCUGGCAGCUUGCUGUCUGAGCUGAAGGCUAAAGGCUGGGUCAACACGUUAGUUGGAGGCCAGAAGGAAGGCGCGAAAGGCUUCAUGUUUUUCAUUAUAAACGUGGACCUUACUGAAGAAGGACUUUUACAUGUUGAGGACAUCAUCUUCCACAUGUUCCAGUAUAUUCAGAAGCUUCGCACUGAGGGACCCCAGGAGUGGGUGUUCCAGGAAUGUAAGGAUCUAAACAAUGUUGCCUUUCGAUUCAAGGACAAGGAGCGUCCUCGGGGCUACACGUCUAAAGUGGCCGGCUUGUUGCACUACUACCCGCUGGAGGAGAUCCUGGCGGCGGAAUACCUGUUGGAGGACUUCAGGCCUGAUCUGAUCCAGAUGGUGUUGGAUAAACUCCUGCCAGAGAAUGUCAGAGUUGCGGUGGUCUCAAAGUCGUUUGAAGGACAGACCGAUAAGACUGAGGAAUGGUACGGUACUCAGUACAAGCAGGAGGCCAUCUCUGAAGAGGUCAUUAAGAAAUGGGCGGGCGCUGACUUCAACGGCAAGUUCAAGCUCCCCAUGAAGAAUGAGUUCAUCCCCACCAACUUUGAGAUCUACCCCCUGGAGAAAGAUGCACCCUCCACGCCCACAUUAAUAAAGGACACGGCGAUGAGUAAAGUAUGGUUCAAGCAGGACGAUAAGUUCUUCCUGCCCAAGGCCUGUCUAAACUUUGAGUUCUUCAGCCCGUUUGCAUAUGUGGACCCCUUGCAUUGUAACAUGGCCUAUUUGUACCUGGAGCUCCUGAAGGACUCCCUCAACGAGUAUGCAUAUGCAGCCGAGCUCGCUGGCUUGAACUAUGACCUGCAAAAUACCAUCUAUGGCAUGUAUCUCUCUGUGAAGGGCUACAACGACAAGCAGCACAUCCUGCUGAAGAAGAUUGUGGAGAAAAUGGCCACCUUUGAAAUCGACGAGAAGCGCUUUGACAUCAUCAAGGAAGCGUAUAUGAGGUCGCUGAACAACUUCCGUGCAGAGCAACCACACCAGCAUGCCAUGUACUACCUCAGGCUACUGAUGACCGAGGUGGCCUGGACCAAAGAUGAGCUCAAAGAGGCUCUGGAAGAUGUCACCCUGCACCGGCUCAAGGCCUUCAUUCCGCAGCUGUUGUCACGGUUACACAUUGAGGCGCUGAUCCAUGGAAACAUCACCAAGCAGUCGGCUUGUGGGAUGAUGCAGAUGCUGGAGGACACGCUCAUUGAGCAUGCUCACACCAAGCCCCUCCUCCCGAGCCAGCUGAUUCGCUACAGGGAGGUGCAGGUGCCGGAUGGGGGCUGGUACGUGUACCAACAGAGAAAUGAGGUCCACAACAACUGUGGCAUCGAGAUUUACUACCAGACAGACAUGCAGACCACUCAUGACAACAUGCUGCUGGAGCUCUUCUGCCAGAUCAUCCACGAGCCCUGCUUCAACACACUGCGCACUAAAGAGCAGCUCGGUUACAUCGUGUUCAGUGGACCCCGAAGGGCCAAUGGCGUGCAGGGUCUACGCUUCAUCAUCCAAUCAGAGAAGGCGCCGCACUACCUGGAGAGCCGCGUGGAGGCCUUCCUGCGCACCAUGGAGACAGUGCUGGGCGAGAUGAACGACGAGGCCUUCCAGAAGCACAUCCAGGCCCUGGCCAUCCGCCGGCUAGACAAGCCCAAGAAGCUGGCGGCCGAAUGCGCCAAGUACUGGGGCGAGAUCAUCUCCCAGCAGUACAACUUUGACAGAGACAACAUUGAGGUGGCCUACCUGAAGACGUUGACGAAGGAGAACAUAAUGCAGUUUUACAGGGAUCUGCUUGCGGUGGAUGCGGUCAAGAGACACAAGGUGUCUGUGCAUGUCCUCUCCAGGGAGAUGGACUCCUGCCCAGUGGUUGGCGAGUUCCCCGCUCAGAACGAUGUGAACCUGGCCCCCGCGCCAUCUCUGCCUCAGCCGGUGGUUGUGCAGGACAUGACUGAGUUCAAGAGAAGCCUGCCUCUCUUCCCUCUGGCGAAACCGCACAUCAACUUUAUGGCUGCCAAACUGUGAACCAUCGCCCAGCCCCAAAGCAGCGUGGGAUUGCUAGUGGCACAGGAACCCACUGCCCCCC